AUGGCCGCGCAGGAUGAGCUGAGUGCGGCGCUGGGUGGGGCCCAGCCCAUCAGUCGGCUCCACAAGCUGCUGAGCGUCCCCAGCUGCCGUCUCAAGAUCCUUAAAAAACACCAUGCUCCCCUACAGGCAGCCAUCCAGCAGGCUCUGUCCGAGUCCAAAUUCGAGGUCCUGGCCCUGCUAGCCAAGAUCCUGUAUCGCCAGCUCGAGGACCCGUCUGAUCGCAGCGGUGUCAGCACCUUUAUCAGCGAGGCGCUUCGGCAACAGCAUUUUCUCGAGCUUGUGGGCCCCAAAGCCCCAACGGCCGUGGCUGUGGCCUUUUUGCGCAUCCUCAUGUUCUACCUCGGCUCGCCGCGCCGCAAUCUCCACUCGCGCAUCAUGGCCGGCAUCAUUCAAGCCCUGCUUGAGGUGACCUUUGGCACGGGCCAUCCCGAUUGUGGACUCGCGGCAGCCUCAGCCCUCAACGCCAUGAUGCAGAGCGCUCUGCCCAACCAGCGCGAGCUGUACAAACGUGAAUGCAACCUGGACCAUCGCCAGUUGGCCACGCACUUGCAGCGUCUGCCUGCCCUGGGCGACUUUGAUCUACAAUUUGAAGCGCUCCAAGUUCUCUACUCCAUCAUGGGCUCCAAGGAUCGCGAGGCCAUCGCGGGUCAUUGUGAUGGGGUGUUUCCAGCAUCGUGGCAACAGGCUUUUCAGGACCUGGACGUGGCGGCCUUUGACGAGGAGGCCUGUCAGCUUUUGGUCGAGCUCAAUCAGGCCGUGAAACACCCCAGCGUGCAAUCGCUGACGGCACGCUCCAUCAAACACGAGGCUCGUGCUCAAGUCGCUCGGGCCUUGCAGGAAGAGCGCACGCUCUGCCACUUCAACCAGCGCUCGCAAUGCCUGACGUACACCAACAAGGACGAUUGUGUUGUGGUCAUCAAGGCUCAGCAUGUGACGCGCUUUUCCGCAGCCAAAAAUGUGCUGACGGUGCAGGUAGAGGGAGCAGGACAUCCGUUGGCAGGUGUGGUCACGCUGACGUUUGAGCCGGCGAUUCACCCGGGACCGGCCGCGGCACUGGUCUUUGGAGCUGACAAGCAAGAGCGGGUGGAGCCGCGCUCGGUCGCUGUUAUCAUGCCCAUUCGAAUUGACAAGCGUCAGGCGCAGGACAAGAUGGUGCGCACAAUCCGCUCUGUUACCGUGGGUGUUCGUGCCACAAGUCCCGACAAUGACGGGCCGGCGUCAGCCUGCACGGACGCCGACUCGAGUUCCCACGCAUCACCGGAACAGCCCACGCAGGUGGAUCCGGCAAAUCAGACGGACCAACAAAGUUCCUCAGAGUCGCCAGAGCCAACCAAGAGGUUCGGCCACAACCCAGAUCCAGAUCUGGGUUUGACCUCGAGCCAGGAAUUUGAGUCUCAAGAGCUGCUCAAACCACGGCCAAACCAAGCUGAUGCUCGGGCUGGUGCGCAAGCACGCGCCGUGGGUGCUGCAGCCGCGGCAACAGCGUCCACCAAAGCCGUUCAACGUCCUGGUACCACCACCACCACCACCAAGGCGCCUCGCAAGAGCAGCAAGCGUGGGAAGCAGCGUCCAUCUGCCUCGCCAGCCGAGCAAGAUCCCCCGUUUAUCAAGAAACACGUGCAGGAGAGCGAUUCAAGCAAUGCAAGUCCAGGCUCUGUGCAGAGCAACGCCGCAGAGGGCAUGACACGAGCAGCAGCAGAGGCUGAAUAUGACCACGCACUUGCCGAAGCGAAAAAGAAGCUCGAGGCUCUGAAGAGCGCCAAAACUGCCUCAGAGGCUCAGGCGGCAGGGAAACGGGGCCGCAUGGGCGAAUUGCCCUAUCGCUCGCUGGUCGUGGUUCGCACGCCACGCAGCGAGGUGCAAGCCAUUCCUGACACCCCACCCGAGACUAGCCCAGCACCUAUCACCAAAGCGUCACAGCCUCAGAUCGGGGAGGAGCCCUAUACCAAGGCGCUUUUGGCGAGUUGCGGCCUGACACUGGCAGACUUGCAGGAGGCGAUUGACGACGAAGACGCCGAGGAUGGCGAUGGCGAUUGCGGCCCAGAUGGUGGCCAGAGCAAUGGUGAUGAUGAUGGUGACGUCGAAGCCAUCGCCAAUGGCAACGCGAGGCGCCGUCGGGAGGCAGAGGACUCGAUGGAUACGGAGGAGCUGGCCGCGGUGCUCGAGGCUGCGGAGCGUCGUCGUCUCGUCCGCUCGACUGCAGCUGCAGCUGCAGAGGACGUCGAUGAGGACUCGUUGGACCUGUCGUCGGAAGCGGGCCAAGCGACGGCCAGCCCGGACCUGGUGAGCAAGAAAGCAGAAGGACAAGAGGAAGAGCGGGCGAAGCGUGUCGUGCGCAAGCAAGCAGCCGGGUCAGCGGGCAACAAGAAGUGGAGCGGCAAGCGCAGUACACGAAGCAAUGCUGCCGUCCAGCAGUGGGACUCUUCCACAACGGGGCGGGCAUCAAAGCAACGCCAAACAACCCGCCGAGCUGGCACCAAGAAGAACCAUGGGCAGAAGCGUGCGGCUGUGCCAAACCGCCACAAGGACGAUCAUGCUGAUGAGGACGAGGACGCCGAGGAGCAGGCUGAACAGGAGCCGUCGGAGGCGCCCGAGCUGUCGGAGCAGGAGGCACGCCAAAGAGCCAAGGCGCUGCGAGGUGGGCGGCGGCGCAAGCAGGUCAUGGACAACAACGACGCGCCACGAGCCAAGCGGGGCAAAUCCGAUUUGUCGAUUGGCCAACCGCAGGACCCGACCCCGGACGUGGUGCAGUGGAAGGCUCAAAAGUCGAAUGUCCGCCGAUCCGACGGCGCCGGGGUUCAGCGGCGUCUCAUUCUCGAUGACGAGCUUGAAGCAGCAGCGGUGCCCGAUUCGCCUCGAGUGGCUUCCGACCAGGUUGCUCAGACGGAUGCGGGGGAUGAGGUGGAGACGGCAUCGCUCGCGGCCCUUCAAGAUCGGGCGCGUGCCACCCUGGCCACGCUGGAGCAGCAAGAUGACGACCUGAUGACCAUGAUACAAGGGCGGCACGCCAAGCUUGGGCUGGCAGCGCAGGGCCAGCAGUUGCGCCGCCGACGCCGGCAGCUCGUGGCACGAGGCCAUAAGCUGCUGCAGCAGCUGGGUCAAGAGCGCCAGGUGCUCAAAACCCGGCUGCUACAGGCCAAGGUGGCGUGGGGGGAGGCGCAACGCCUGCUUGAGAGCAUCUCGACCGAGGCGGUCGCCACCAAGCUGGAACAACACUCGCACGCAGCUCGCGAAGGCUGCUUGCGAGAGGCCCUGCAAGUCGUCCAGGCCAUGACUCAAGAUUCGGAGCGCGCUCGCUCCAAGCAGCUCAUGCUCAUGGCCUCGAUGCUCGAAUUUGCCGAUCACCAAAGUCGUCUUUCUUUUUUUUUUUUUGUAUGGAUGUUUGUAUUUGUAGAGAGACCUGUUGUCAACGAGCCCGCGCCCCUGCUUCGACCCGCCGAAAUGGACCGCUACCGGAUCAUCAAGACGUUGGGCGAAGGUGCCUAUGGCAAGGCGCUGCUCGCCAAGCACAAGACAAGCCAGAAGCAGUACGUCAUCAAGGAGAUCAAGAUGAACAAGAUGUCGGUCAAAGAGCAACGCGAGUCUCGCAAGGAGGUCGCCGUUCUCAAGAAGAUGGCUCAUCCUAACAUUGUUUCCUACCAUGACUCUUUCGAGGAGCGCAAGAGCCUCUACAUUGUCAUGGACUACUGUGAUGGUGGUGACUUGUGCCAAAAGAUCAACGCGCAGAAGGGCGUCAACUUUCCGGAAGAUCAGAUCCUCGAUUGGUUUGUGCAACUGUGCUUGUCCAUCAAGCAUGUGCAUGAUCAAAAAAUCCUGCAUCGUGACCUCAAGUCCCAAAACAUUUUUUUGACCCGGAACAACAUCCUCAAACUCGGUGACUUUGGCAUCGCUCGCGUGCUCAAAACCACGGGCGAAUUGGCUCGGACCUUCAUCGGAACUCCGUACUAUCUCUCUCCGGAAAUUUGCGAGAACAAGCCGUACAACAACAAGAGUGACAUCUGGUCUUUGGGUUGCAUCUUGUAUGAGAUGGCAACACUCAAGCAUCCUUUUGAGGCUGGGUCCAUGAAGGGCUUGAUUCUCAAAAUCAUCCGUGGCAACUAUCCCCCAAUCCCCUCCUUUUACAGCAAGGGUCUGCGCAGCUUGGUGGAAAUGUGCUUCCACCGUGACCCGCGUCAGCGCCCGAGUAUCAACCGCAUCUUGGAGAUGCCCAUCAUCAAGCGCCGCAUCGCUACUUUCCUCGGAGAAACGCUGUAUGCCAAGGAGAUGUCGCACACCAUCUUGCACAGCGAUCCUUCAAAGAUUCGCGCGUUGGAUCCCGAGCUGAGCCGACCAAGCUCAGGUGCCCAGCGUCCGACCAGCGCCGCCUCAAUGGCCAGCAGUCGAGCCUCUGGUCCUCGUUUCGUCAUGCCAGGAGGCUCUGUUCGUUCUGAACGCGAGCGACGCUCCCGUGCUGGGGUGUCCUCGUCAGCUUCGGGCCACAGCCGUCGCUCAGCCGCGGGUUCAGGCCACGCCGGUAGUGGUGGUAGCAGCAACAGCAGUCGCAUUGCCUCUGCUGCUAGCGUCUACAAUGCCCCCCAGCCCGGGCAACGCAACCGGCAGCAGCGUUUGGCCGCCGUCUACGGCCAGAAACUUUCCAAGCCCUCCGGCAGCUCGGGCAGCUCGGGCAGCUCAAACAAGGCUAAAAAGUCCCAUGAUGAUGAUCGCGUGCGCGCAUUUGAUGCUCUGAAGAACAAGCAAGCUCAGGAGUACAAAGAUGAAGUGCGUCAGCGCCACGAGAAGUUGGCUCGAAUGGUGCCUGCCGGGGCCGAGCGAGGGGCUUGGCGACAGAACAUGGCCCAGCCAGCCAAGGCCGACGUCAACCGCGAGUACCGCCAGCGCCAAAAGCAGGCCAUGAUCAACAAGGCUCGCGCCCGUGGGCAGCCCAUUGACCCUUCAUGGCUUACGGACGACGAUGACGGGGCCACCGCGUCGGGCAACAAACCAGCUCCUGCACCGAUUAAUAACAAACAGGUCCCGGCAGCUCGCCCCACUCCAAUGGCCGCAGCGGCGCCCCCACCUGUCAAGAGCGCCGCUGGGGGUGCUUCAUCACCCCACCCACCCGCAUCAGCGCCCCCCUCCGGCGACGGAGCCAAGCGCCAACCUGGUCUACGAACCUUGGUGAACCGUGCCAACAAUCGUGCUGAUGCGCCUGCCGCCCCACCACGACCGCAUUCCGAGCCCCCCGCAAACAUUGAUUUGCUGGAAGAUCACGAAAACGAGCAGGUUAAGGAGGCUGCUGCGCAGCGUCCGAAACCCCAGGCCUGGGAAGUGCCUUCGGCGGAUCAUAGCAGCAUCUUGGACACGUAUUCUGAGCAGGAGCUGCUCGAGAGCUUGCAGCGGCGUCGGGCUGCCAAGCAACACCAGGCCAAGGGUAUGUGGGGCAAGCAGCAGCAGGUCAACAUUCCCAUCUUGGGGACGAUCGUGGCCGAUUCCCCCGUUCCAACUGAAGCGGGGACAGAGGACGAGGAACACUCCGCCGACACGCACGAGGCGACCAUCAUUCCAGAGAAGCAGGACAGCCAGCACGAAGAGGAGGCCGACAAUGGCGAGGAGGAGAACAACGAGGAUGAGAACAACAACGAAGAGGAGAAGAACAAUGAGGAGGAGGCUGAUGCUGAUGACGGCGAGGAUUACGUGCAGCUUCUGGCCACCAUGAAGGCCGUCAUGAGCCAAUCCAUUCAACAUCGUUCCAAAGUCGGCGAGAGCAAGCCAUCAGGCAAGACUGAGGCCAAAACCGGGGUCACCAGUGAUCAGACCGCUGAGAACCAAGCGAACGAUGACGAUGAUGAUGACAGCUACUUUGAAGAGUCGGAGGAUGAUGAUGACGAGGACGAGGACGGUGUAGCCACGCCAACCCAGAUUGCCAGUCCCAGCAAGGCGGAGCCUUCUGGUGAUUACGACUCGGAGGAUGAUCAGGCCACCGAGCAAAUGUUGGCACAGAUGAAGGCCAUGGUCGGCGCAGAGGAUAAGCCAAAACGCAAGCGAGCGGCCGCCGAGCAGACGGGCAGCGUGUUUUUGCGCCUCGAGAUGGCGCGUGCCGAACUUGAGCAGCAGCUGGGCGAGCACAAGUUUUUGCAAGCCUAUGCUCUUCUGCAAGAGAUGCAGGAGGUCGAUGAUGAAGAAUCCACCCACUUGGAAGAGCAGCUGCAGGAGGUGCUCGGACGCGAUCACCAUCAGGAAUUUUUCCAAAAGCUCUUGUUUCUGGUUACACAGGAUGGACAGCACUUUGACAAUACAGGCAGUGCCCCUCCUGCCGCCUCUGAAGGUGUUAAGCAAGCAAACAAUGAUCGGUCGACUGGCACAAGCCUUGCUGGUGGCGUAAGCCGGGCCCGCAAGGACGACGAUGACGGCGAUGAUAACGGUGAAGAAGACAACGAUGAGGAUGAGGAGGACAUGGAUGCUUUGCUCAGCACUCUCAAACAGUGCAUGGAACAGGAACAACCCGAAGACGACUUUUCCCGGAGUAUCCAGCGCUCCAUGCAGGCGCAUCUGGCCUCGAUGCGGCUGGAAACGGGAGGUGAGGCGCUUUCGAUUCGUCAGCGCGAUGAUGCGCCCAGCGGUGUCCAAGAUGGCCACGGCGGAGGUGUCGAGGACCUCCAUGAUGAUCAAGGCGAAGACGACGACGACGAUUUGGACGUGGGUUCAACGCUAUUGAUGAAUCCAGCCGCCAUGAUGGCUGAUGGUGAUGGCGAUGGUGGCAGUGAUAGCCAGGCCAGUAGCGACGACGAGGACGCCGGUACACCCGUCCUCGGCGCGACGACCACCAUUGCUCACGAGGUGGACGAGGACAUUCAAUCUGGAGAGGACAAGAAGAAGAAGAAGCAAUGGUUUGUUCCAACAUAG